AUGAACGCGCACGCGCACUCACACGUCGCCGUCGCCUUGGCCGGCCCGUCCGGCUCUGGCAAGUCGACCCUCGCCGUCACCCUCGCCGCGGCCCUCCGCCACGAGGGUGUGCGCGUCACGCUGCUACACCAGGACUCCUACUUUCGUCUGCCCAAGCCCGCCUCGUACUGGUCGACACCGCCGGAGCACGACACACCGGCGGCCGUUGACAUGGAGCGGCUCGCCGAGGACGUGCGCGCCGCCGGCAGACCUCCGCCCGAGCCGGACGAAGCCGCACGCGGAGCGGAGCAGCUGCAGAUCACGCCCUUCUCCGAUUUCGACGACGACGCCGCCGCGCUCGGGCUCGUGCCGCCCGUCGUGGCCGUCCUGCAGCCCUUCGUCCGCGAGUGGGCGCUGCUCGCUGUGCGCAACCUCACGGAGGGCUGCGCCGAGAACCAGGCGACCAUCGCCGGCCUCAAGCAGCUGUCGACACCCACGCUGCGCGUCCCGCCGGGAGAGGGCUGA